AUGGCCCUGUACCUCAUCGUCCGCACCAAUGUCAUGCAGCUUCUCUUGGCACGGGGCUGGUCCGUGGAGGCACCGGCUCCGCCCGACGUCAACGAGCUAGACCCUGACCUCUUGAGCCAGUUUCAGCGUGAAUCCCAACUGAUGGUCGAGCUGAGUCCCGUGUUGAGCAAGUCGCAAAUAUUGCAACCAGAUGAACAUCACGCAGAACCUCUGCACAAGUGCUGGAUCGAGCCAGUGGAAUCGGCUGCUUGCUACCAUGCUUUGGGUGCCAAGCUGACGACAAUUGCUCAAGCCAUCGGGCGCGCCCUUUAUCGGCUGUACUUCAUCCGACAUAAUGAACAAACAGGCGCUACCCGCGAGACUUUGCAGGUCUACUCCGAAUACCUCAAGGAUUUCAACAACACCAGCAUGUCUCGCAACGCUUUGGCCGACACUUGGCGCCGCGUUGAGCAGCGCUUGGGUAUCAAGACGGAUGAUCAAUACGACAGUGACUUGCUUUCUCCGUGGCCCAUUCCAGUGCUCUUGGCAUGUGGCACAAGUUUGCUUGAGGUGGUUUUGCAAACCAGCUCAACUGGGCACUUACCAAAUCACGACAAAAAGCCUGUCGCUGCUUUUUAUCACAUGAUGCAGCUGGAUGGCGUCAAGCGUGUAGGAUACAUUCGGUGCCACAAGUUAGUGCUGGACCGUGUGUCUGGACAGGCUUCAGACCGAGGCUCUUGCGUGCCCUCGAAAGUGGCCAUUGAUGCAUCGCAGCUGCCCAUGACCAUACCACCUCGUCCCUGGACUUCAGUGCGCAAGGGCGCUUAUCUUAUUUGUCCAAGCGCGAUCAUGCGAACUGGAGACUGGGCGUUUCAGCACUUUGCGCUUUUGUCUGAGGCGACACACAAUCUCGCUCGCGUGUUUAAUGCGAUCAGCGCUCUCAGUGCCACGGCGUGGAAGGUCAACGGACAGGUGUUGCGUGUUGUUACGGAGCUGUUUCAUAGCGAAGAUGGCUAUGAUGACCUUGGCAUUGCACCCUUUCGCGUCAAUUAUGAGGUCGACAAAACGGAUCCCAAAUCACUUAAAACGCACAAGAAGCUGUCCAAUGAGGCACACUCUCUUCGCUCUGAUUUGCACCUGCGUCUCAUGGUAGCCCACUGGCUUGGCGAGAAACAGUUUUGGCUUCCGCACAACCUGGAUUUUCGUGGCCGUGCAUACUCCAUGCCCCCAUAUUUGACGCACAUUGGCAACGAUAUGGCGCGCGGCCUGCUCACUUUUGCUGAGACCAAACCUCUCGGUGCUGAUGGUUGGCGUUGGCUCAAGGUGCAUUUGGCUAAUGUAUAUGGGAAAGACAAACUGCCUAUGGAUGAGCGUGCCAAGUUUGCAGAGGACAACAUGGAGAACGUGUUGAGCUCAGCCGAUCGACCCCUUGCUGGUCUGCUGGAGCCAGGGGAGAAGAGUUGGUGGCUCAAGGGAGAAAAUCCAUGGCAGGUUUUGGCAACGUGCAUGGAGCUAGCUGCAGCUUAUCGAAGUGGCAACCCUGAGGCAUAUGAAUCUGGCUUCCCCGUUCAUCAGGAUGGCACAUGCAACGGCCUACAGCACUAUGCCGCCAUGGGUGGUGAUAUCGCUGGUGCUCGCCACGUGAAUGUUAUUCCGACUCCCGAAGACGAUCGUCCCCAAGACGUGUACUCGGCCGUUGCUGCCAAGGUCGACGAACUACUGCACAUGCAAGCCACCACUGGUAACUUUGAGCAUUUUCCUCGAGAGGUCAAGGAUCCUGAGCGCUAUAAGCAGCUUGCCCGUCUUCUUAUGGAACAAGGCCCUAUGAAGCGCAAGAUUGUGAAACAAACGGUCAUGACCAACGUGUAUGGUGUCACAUACAUUGGUGGACGUGACCAGAUCUUGCGGCAACUCAAGGCCCAUGAUUACGUUCCCGAUGCUCUGAUGAAGGAUUGUGCAAGCUACUUGACGUUGUUGAUUUUUGUCAACGCGCAAAAGAUUCAAAAGUGGUUGUCCAGACAAGCACGCAUGAUCGCCUCGUCCGGUGAACCCGUGUCCUGGGUGACACCACUUGGCUUGCCUAUCAUUCAGCCAUAUCACAUGGCAGCAAAGCGACAGAUAACCACAAGUCUACAGUCAGUCAUGACCACUGUGACUACUUCACCGAUCAAACCGCCUAACGUCGUGAAGCAAAGCAGUGCUUUUCCACCCAAUUUUGUCCACUCUUUGGACUCGACGCACAUGCUACAGACUGCUGCUGCUUGCACCAAAGACGGCUUGACGUUUGCUGCCAUCCAUGACAGCUAUUGGACGCACGCGGCUUCGGUAGAUGUAAUGAAUUUGCAUACACGCCAGCAGUUUUUAUUGCUGCAUGAGGCGCCACUGCUGGACAAUCUGCUUCGUUUUUUUCGUGCGCAACAUGAGGGCCGGCCGCUGCGUGAACAGUAUCAAAAGCGCUACGGCCAGACCAACGUCGUAUUUGAGCCAUGCCCGUCAAAGGGAGAUCUCGAUUUACAUAGGAUGAAGACUGAGAUCGACUACUCCUGGUGGAGAUGCGCCUCAGGCCCCACCACUGCCACCGGAGAUCCUCAGGUCGCCCUGAACAAGAUCUUUCACCACAUUGCCAACAACACUGUGCCCAAGUCGAUCCGACAUGCCCUUUGCUCCAUCAACUAUACUAUUCUGGAGAAGGCCAACGGCAAGUUUCGACCAGUGCGCACGGAUUCCAUCUUCACGCGGGCCAACACCGGGGGCUUUGGCCUGCACGACUUGGUUGAGCGCGGUCCGGUGGCUUAUGUCUGCAACAUGGCCAAGCUGGCCACUCGCUACCCUCGGGUCUACGAUCGACUUUUGGAGGAUGCAUCGAGGGCUGCCUACUUUGAGGACCACGUGCAGCGAGCUGGCUUCCAGAUGGCCACGGUCAAGGACGCGGCGACCCAGCGACCAGCGGAGAUCAUUGCCCUCCGCUCCAAGGCGGUACUGGACGACCUGAUGGCCAAGUGCGCGCUGGACCUGCAGCAGGCAUAUCUGGCCUCGCGCGAGUGGGGCGUCAGCACUGUCUUGACCAUGCGGGGUCGGGACAAGUUGCGUCGCUUGAGCGACACGACCUUUGCCAUUGCGGUCGUGUCCAUGAUGGGUUUUGGCCUCCAUGAACUCAUCAACGUCAAGCCGACGGACAAGUGCCCACUCUGCAGCAGCAAGACACCUCAACCGCGACUGACCCGCGAGCACCUGCUGACCUGCCGUCCCAUCAAGCGUCACAACGCCCUUCGCGACGAGAUGGGCCGCCUGCUCAGGUACGCCACCCUCUCCCAUGUCUGGGUGGAAAAGUCUGGCUACAACGCCAACGGUCAGAGCUGCCGCAUCGACCUGCACUGCCGCAACCCCUUUCCCGGCGGUGCCUUGGGCCCAGCUCUGCCCGACCUGGGCAUUGACGUGACUGUGCGCACAGCCCAACCCCCGACCACCUCGCAAGCCUGCAUCAAGGUGGGCGCUGCCCUUCGCCGAGCCGAAAAGGAGAAGCGCGACUACUACACCGGUUUCAACCAUGGAAAAACUCUGAUCGUCCCUGCGGCGAUGACGACAACCGGUGGGUUUGCCUCCUCCUUUGUGGAUCUGCUUGGUCAGCUCGCCCGCUGCGCCGAGGCCCGUGGUGUGUACCAGCCGGGGCUGGAUGAGGCCUUUGUUCCUCGAUGGAAGGGUCGCUUUGCGGCGCUGGUCCAUCAGAUGAACGCUGACCACAUCCAGCGCCACUUUGGCGGUGUCUGCCUGCGCUCGUCGUAG